AUUAAUAGUACUCUAUGAACUUUUCAAUUCGCCAAAACUAGCUAAUGUCACUAGUUGGAAAAAUACGAAAAAAAAAUAUGCCACUGAAUUUCGAUUACAAUUACCCUCAAGCAGCACGAGAAGCUGGAUUCAAAUUGCGCCUGUACAAAGAUGGUCCACUGGAUUGGCGUGUACUUGGAUCCGUCGAAGUCGAACGGAUUUUAAAAGAUCAAAACCUGGAACAAAUCGAUGAUGUCGUGGGGCAUUUAUCCGAAGUGCCGUUAGGUUCUAUAUUGGAAACUAAUAUACUAGACAGCGGCAUAGCCAAGUAUUUUCUACUUUCCCAAUUCUCCGUACAAUACCUUUUGUUUUGCCGGACGUUUCUGGCAGAGACCGUUAACGAUUUAAGGGAAUCUCAUGGCUCAGCUCAAAUGGAAGUGGCCACUUUGAAACGUUCCCUAUCGGAAGCAAAUAAUGAAAUACUACAGCUCCAUAAGAAGAUCACCCACAUGGAGGCCAUACAUGAGGUUAUCUACCCUUGCCACUUAUGCACCAAAAACUUUAUAAGCAAUGAUGCUCUGAAUUUGCACAUAUCCCGCAAACAUAACGCCAAAGUCGAAAGGAAACUAGAAACGCCCUGUCUAAUAGCGAAAGAACGAGAACAUGAUUUGAAUUUAAUCAAUACGAUCAAACUCGAACUAGAGAUUAAGCAACUUAAGGAACGUUUAAAUAAUGCGGAGCGCGAAAUAAAGGAGAAAAGCUUGAGCAAUAGCAAAAGAUCAACACCACAACCUAACGGCAAAGGAACGGAAGAACUGAAAUCUAAGCAAAGCAUAGGGAUUCAGAGUAAUUUAACCGAACUAAAAGAGAAAGAUGAUAACAAUGAAAAUGCUAUUGAACACAAAGACCAAAUUUUAAUAUUGCAAGAAAAGCUAAACGAUUUUGAGACGUGGAAGCAAACGCAGAAAGAGGAAAAUUCUGAAUUUUUUCGCGAUAUACAUAAAAAACUAAGUGAACUAACUGAAGCCUUCGAAGGUUGCAAACAUCAAAAAGAGAAAGCGCAAGAUGAAAUCGAACAAGAGAUCCAUAAUAUUCACAGCACAGCACCUUCUAUCGAAUAUUUGGAAGAUUUCUUAUUUAGAAAGGUGGAAGAUAUAUCUAAACAAAGUUCAGACAAAUUGGAAAAAAUGGUCUUAAAAUUAGAACAAAAUUACAAAGAAAAACUGAAGGAAUUGCAAAAUGAUUUCAAAAAAAUUGCUGCCAUUAAUAUCGAAAAUAGCAAUCAAAACGAGCAAUUACAAAAAAAGAGUACUGCCGACGUAAGAGAGAUAAAGCGAUGUGAAGACGGCGAGGAAAGAGAACGGGAUAUUAUUUUUGUUGCAGAGGAAACAAAGACAAAGGAAAGCAUCAGUUCAAAUAGCAAUAGAACAUUUGUUCAAACGGCCCCCACAAUGUUGAAGAUUAGUUUCGGUGAUAGUGACAAUGACGAAGAUUCUUCUACAAAUAUAUCAGAGAGUUUGGAAGAAGAAAAUCCGGGCAUUGACUCCACAAGUUGUAAAAAAUCGACACAACCGGACAAAACAUUUGUCGUGGGCAGAGAACAAAGUUGUCACAGCAGGACGGAAUUAGUUAGCAAAACCAUUAAAAUUAAACCAAAAACAAUCAUCCGUGAAGAUGUAAAGAAAUUGGCAAAUACCCGCCUUAAGGCUCUGGGUUUGGAUGCGAAGACGAAAAGUUUAAGCCAAACUUCUAUGAAACGCCUAACUUCUGAAUUAAAUGAGAAAAGGAACCGAAUGACGCAGAAAUAUCCAAAUUUCCAUGCGACACGUGAUAAAAUUAGGAGGUUUGUGGAUAAGCUAUGCUCAUCGAAAAUGCCGGCUGGCGCACAGAUUUUACUGGAACAAACGCGUCCCAAGAAACCGAGAGAAGAUAAUCAAGAAAAAUUAAAAGACGCGGACAAUGAUGAAACAGAUGACGACGGAGCAUCACCUGUACAGGCUUCAACACCGGUUAAUGAAACUAGCACACUAGCACAUGACGAAUUUAAGGAAAGACUAGAAAGAAUAUUAGCGUCCCCUAUUAAAAAACCUGACAAUUACAAGCCUCACAUAAUUAAGGCCGUGGUACAUCAAGAAGACAACCGACCAGUGCCUUUCCCCCGUAAAAAAGUAAUGUUCGAACAUGCAAACGUGUCGACAGAAUACACUGAAAAUGGAGGCGAUCCAGAAGUCCCAAUAACAAAACGCAAAAGCAGUCAUAGGCUUCUCUCAGAUGACAAUUUACGAAGUUUGCUAUAAGAGAAAGAUAAUUUAAAACGCAUCUAAAUUUUAAUAUACGUAUAUAUAUAUAUAUAAUUAAUGCCGAAUGAAAACAGAA